UCUUGAUAAAAACAUACAAAAUGGUGCUUGCUGCAAAGAGAAAGUACAAGAAGUCUGCCAACCAUGACGAGCCCAAUAGCAAGCUAAGAAGGAUCGCCAAUCGAAGACAAAGGAUGUAGAUAUGAGCGACGAUGGAGACGAUCUCAUGGCAGGAAACACAGGUUUCUCUGAGGAGGAAGGAACUGCAGCAUGGGAAUCUGGUUCUGAUGACGACAGCGAACCUGAGCACAAGACAGAAAGUACUGCCAUUAAAACCACCAAAGCAACCGAGGAUGAUAUUAUUUCAGGCGAGCUGGAAGGUUUAAAGGAAACCGCUGAACUCUUCAAAUCCAACAUUUUCAAAUUAGAGAUCGAUGAAUUAUUAUCAGAAGUCACCAUGAAUUAUGAAAAGCACAAAACGUUGGAAAAGGCGCUUCACAAUUUAAAGGCCAUUUUCGAUACUAUUCCCAAGGGAAAACAGAUGAAGUUGACCGAAUUUGCUAAAAACAUGAAGUCGAAAAACAAGAUCGUCACACCAUUUCCCGAUCCUCAACCUGCAGAAGACGCUUUACACUCAUUCACAUUCGAAAAACCCACCUCUGUGCAUAUCGUGGGUGGCUAUGGAUUAAAGACAGUGGCAAAGACAAAGACACCCUUUAAUGUAGAUAUCGCUGUUGAAAUGCCCAACUCCAUCUUUCAAGAAAAGGAUUACGCUAAUUAUCGUUAUCAUCAUAAACGUGCUUGUUAUUUGGCCGUCUUGGCUCACGCCAUUCAAUCUUCCGACAAAAAGUUCAAUAUCGAAUACAGCACCUUGAACGGGGAUCUUCGUCGACCCAUCUUGUUAGUCAAGCCCGCUGGAGACAAGUCAGAUGUGGAUUUCUCAAAGACCAAGUGUGUGAUUCGUAUUCUACCCAGUGUCAGUGCCGAUGUAUUCCCUAUCCAUCGUCUUGCACCCGGUAAGAGUUGUGUGAAACCCGCCAAAGCCACCCCACAUUACAACGCCUCUCUCUUGAUGGACACCUCCUAUACCGGUAACUUGGCGUUCCUUUAUCAACAUAGUAAGAACAGCCCUGAUUUCAAAAAUGCCAUUCUUUUGGCCAGAACAUGGAUCUAUCAACGUGGAUUAGCCACCACCAACACUGGCUUCACACCUUUCCUCUUUGCCAUGGUCAUGGCCUAUUUGAUGCAAGGAAACAAGGAUGGAACCGGUAAGAAAUUAUCGGCCAGUCAUAGUUCGUAUCAAUUAUUGAGAGGUACAUUGGAUUUCCUCUCCACUCAUGAUUUCAAGACAACACCCAUCUUUUUGGGCGAGCAUCAAAAAUCCGAAUUCUCCAAGGACGAGUUCUUGAACCAUUAUGAAGUAGCCAUCGUCGACCCUUCAGGUACAUUGAAUUUAGCGGCCAAUAUGACCGUCUCGGGUUUAGACCAAUUACAGCAUGAAGCCAAAUUGGCUAUGACCUACUUUAACGAUACCACCGAUCAGUUCGAAUCUCUAUUCCUCAAGAACGUCAAUGAUGUCAAGUCCAAAUUCGAUAAUGUCGUGCGUAUUCCUUUCCCCAAGACAGAGAUCGCUUCUUAUUCAGAAGCCAUCAAAGCGGAUUAUUACAGUUAUUUACCUUAUUUUGUUCAACACAUGAGUGCGGUUUUGAAGCGUGGUUUGAGUAACCGUGUCGAUUUGGUAGCCAUCCAAUACACCAAUCCUACUACCCAUUGGGCCGUAACCGAAGCUGUACAAGAUUUUGAAAAGGAGGUUGUCAUUACCGUGGGUCUCUUAUUGAACUCGGAUAAUGCCCCUCGUUUAGUUGAUAUGGGACCUCAAUCACAAGAUGAAGCCGCUGUUGCUGAAUUCCGCGAAUUCUGGGGUAACAAGUCUGAAUUACGUCGUUUCAAGGACGGUUCCAUUGUAGAGAGUGUUGUCUGGCAAACCCAAGGUUACGAGAACCGUAGUUUGAUUGUCCAAAAGAUCGUGCUCUACUUACUUUCAUUGCAUUUGGAGCUCGAGUCAAGCGAAUUUGUCUACUGGGCCGGUCAAUUGUACAGUUAUUUGAAUUUCGCCAAAAGCGUGCCUGAAAAUUUGUUUAGCCCCGAAUUAAAGGCCAAUGGAUUUCACCCCGUGAUGACUGCCUUUGGUCAAUUUUCCAAGCAAUUGCGUACCAUUGAUGAUGCUUUACCCUUAUUGAUCAAUAACGUCUAUCCUGCCUCUUCCAGUUUAUGUUAUACCGCUGUCACAUUGCCCCAUCCCGUCGAUUUCAACAACAUGAUCGCCUACCCUACCACCACCCGUUACUUUGAGGCCAUCGAUGUCGUUAUCCAUAUCGAACGCUCUGCCAAGUUCCCCGAUGAUCUCGCUGUUCUUCAAAAAGUGAAGCACGCCUUCUAUUUGAAGAUGUCUCAAGAGCUCAAAUCGCGUUUCCAUGUCGAUUCCGUCGUCGUGGACGAUGUGAACGAAAAGAACCCGCUUGCCAUUCGUGGCUACUUGGAUGUCUACUACUAUGGUUACGUCUUCCGUUGUCACAUCUGUCUUGAGCAAGAAUCUACACUUCUAUCCAAGAUUGUGGAAUCCUCUAGCAGCACGAAAUUAAACAAGGAGAUGGCCAAGGAGGCGCUUUCCAAGUUUAUGUACGGGUUGCGAUACAAGCAAACGCAUACGUUCUACGUGCAAGCCAUGUGUGCUCGAUUCACUGCCUAUUCUUCUACCGUACGUUUGAUCAAACGUUGGUUCGGUGCUCAUUUACUCUCACAUCAAGUAUCCGAAGAGAUGAUCGAACUGUUGGUGGCUCAUGUCUUUUUGGCUCCUCAACCUUGGGUGGCUCCCGUCAAUACAUUAACCGCCUCUACGCGUGUCUUGACUUUGUUGGCUACCUGGGAUUGGCAAAACACCCCCUUGAUGGUGGAUAUCGAAGGAGAAAUGACCACCAAGGAUCGUGAAGAGAUCAUGACAGAGUUCUUACAACAUCGUCGUACCAACCCUCAAAUGACAGUGGGUGCCAUGACAAUUGCCACAGCCAAGGAUCACAGCGGUCAUCGCUGGACGGGUAAGAAGCCCAAUCGUGCGAUUGCAGCACGUAUCGGUGCUCUUGCGCGUGCGUCCGUGCAAGUGAUCCAAACAGCGGAAGCAAGUCAAGAUAUCAAGCGCGUGUUUGUGACACCCAUGAACGAUUACAGUGUGAUUUUACAAUUGGAUACAGAGAGAUGUACGCGUUAUUACCAGAAUAUGCACCCAGAAGCGAAAUAUUUGAAGAGUGCGGAUUAUGGUCGCGUGGCCGAGUUAGGGGAUAAAGCGUAUGCGCAGUUGGACCCAAUGACGGAUUUCAUUCGUGAUGUGGAGAAAGUGUAUGGCCAUACAUUGAUGGUGUUUCAUAACCAAUACGGUGGGGAUAAAUUAGCUCUGGUCUGGAACCCUUCUACCGCAACGCCCAUGCCUUGGAAGGUGGCUGCAGGAUAUAACAGUGCGCCUGUGGAUAUCAACAAGAACGGCUUUUUGAAACCCGCCAAGGGAAAGAAGGAAAUCUCCAAUUUGAUCUCACCGAACUUUGCUGCCAUUGUGGCUGAAAUUGAAAGAUUAGGUAAAAACGGUAUUUUCAAGCAAGAAGAAUAAUAAAAAAAAAAAAAAUUCAACACACCAUUAGAAACAACAACAACAACAACAAAAAAAAAAUUUUAAAAAAAAAAGAGAAAUCUUUUUCUUUCUCUUUUUUUUUUUUUAUUACAGUGUAUAUUAAUUAACAAUAAAAAAAAAAUCUUUUCUCCAUCAUCCACUUUCUUUUUAACGGCUUCGCUUUCCAUAAAUUUCCGUCCAAAAUGGAUUAGGUCUUUCUACACCGUCUGCUCCACUUGUAGGAUAAAUAAGCGUUAAAUUCCAUCGUGAUACGUUUUUUUUUUUUUUUUUUUUUUUUUUUACUAAAUAAAA